CAUGAAUGAACAUAACAUCCGGUUAUCAUUUUAUCCUAUUUUAUUAGUUUUUGUCUACAUUUUGCGAGAAAAUACGACGAGCGUAGUGUUUUAUUGGGCAGUGUGAAUAGUAUACAAAGCAACUAGUUAGCUGGUAUAGGUAUUAGUGUACUUUGGGUGUUUAUAACUAGGCUAAUGGUAAUAGUUAGCUGUCUCUACUAUCGAAGCGUGUAUGUAGUAUUAUUACACAGGCGUGCGUAGUAUGUUAAUAGUAUUAUCGUGCUCUAUAGCUUGAAUGUUCUAAAACGAACGACAGACUUGCUUUUAUAAUGGCCGACUGUGAACUUGAAUCAAACUCAACUUCUGCGGACACAAGUUUGGAUUCCGAAUCCGAAUUUACUUGCGUCACAGAAACACAAUGUGAAAUAUCCGAAGAUCAGCUGAAUUCCGACUCAGUAGUUACGUCUUCUAACACAGAAUCCUCAACAAAUGAACCGUCCAGAUCUACGAAAGUCAAAGGGCGAGAAGUACCUGAUAUGACGUCACAGUAUUGGUAUACGGCAAGCUGCUUUGACCGAUAUUGGAAACAUUACCGAAGAGUUAUGACGUGGUAUGGCAAACAUCUUCAAGUAUACCACAAUCUUCAGCAUCGAUAUUCGGCACAUACCGCGAAUAAUUCAGCGCCUAACAGACCUAAAUCGAAAAAGAAAAGAAAACGGCGACUACAAAAACAGAGAUCGAGAAAAUUGCGCGUCGAUCUGUCUCCGUCGAAUACGGAUCGUUCCAGCACACAGGAAGAAAAGCCGCAUGGAAAUGCAGAGGAACCGAUGAGCGUAGAGGCUGAUGCCCUAGGAGAUGAAUUGGUUGAAACAGAAGAAUAUGAGAUGGAAAUCACAGACGAAAUGCUGGAAUUUUUCGCCAAGUCACAACAGCACAGAAAGGACAGAGACUCUAAAGAUAACCAAAAUGGGAAGGCUACUGAAAUGGUCAACAUUGAGGACGCUCACAAGCCAUUUAGGACAGUAGAACCCCCUAAGGAACGUCCCGGAGUGCGAAGAACUGCCGAAAUGAAAUUAUUGUAUGGUAAAGGUGCCGCUAUGAUACAUGGCAUGGAAACUGCUCUCAAAAUGUCUUACGAUAGAAACCUUGAUGUGAAACAACCCAAAGUAUGGCCAAAUAUUCCGUUACGAAUCGUCUUUGCUGAUACGUGAAAUCCGUUGAAUAUAAGAUUACUGAAAACGGAUUUUAUAUAACGAAGUUUUUUAACCUGUGACGCAUAUGUGUUUCGGAUUCCGAAUCAGCAUUUGAAUGUUAAAAAGUUUCAAACAUGUCAAGAAUUCAAAAUCGAAAAUUUUAGGUUCCGUUCACGGCCUUUAAUAUUGUUUCGACAAAAACUGUCGGUAUAUGAGAAGAGUUCUGUAUAUAGGAAGAUUCUUUAGAACAUAAUUGUGUUUAUUUUGUAUAAAAAAUGUUUGUAUGUGUACAAUAUUAUGAAUGAAUAAAAUUUAUACAUAUC